AUGAUCAAAGGCUCUUUUUCGUCUGCGCCUGAUGCGUCGCCAGACUUGGGCGCAGCCCAUAUCGACGAUCAAAUCCCCUCCUCUGAGGAUGACGAGCUGAGUCCCGAUUCUUCAGACGAGCCCGAAGGCGAUAAACCUGCAAGAGCCACCGAUGGCGGUGCAUUGGGGGCACAAACCACUGCGGGCACGAGCACCCAAGAUGGCGAUAAUGGUGCCACCCACGAUGCACAAGGACUGCUCCCGCGCGACAAGCAGCGGCGUACUGCUUUUUACGAUUACGCUUCUGAGAAGCAGAUGAGCCAUUCAGAGGCCAAGCAGUUCUAUCAGCGUCACCAGCUGGAGAGCCAGUAUGGAGGCUCACAGGCUGGCGAUGGCUUCAGCCCUGUGAUACGUGCAAAGACGCUCCCAGUGGGCUUUAGUGGCGGUGAUGGGGUUGAACAACUCAGCAGGGCAGGCAGCAUUCGUUCGCGGAGAAGCAACGCGAGCCUCGUCAACCAGGGACCACGAUUGACACUGCCCAUCGGAGUGUCACAGGCGGAACACUCACACGAACCGCGAUCGCAGCCCAAUGCUUUCAAUGAACAGGGUCCCCAAACGGAUGCAGCAAAUCCCUACAUGCAAGCCGAUGCUCAAGCUAGAGAACACACAAAGCACCCUGGAUUACCUCACGAACAGAAGCCCUUGCUCGCUGAAGAAGGUAUACACGGCGCAGGCGCAGGCGUAGGCAUUGGGAGCGGUGCAGGAGGUUUCGCCAUGGACGAUUCAAGUGUCGCUGCGGAAUUGGGUGCCAUUUACACGAAUGUGCAAAAAGUGCUCGACAUACGCCAUAAAUAUAUGCGUUUAUCCCUCCAAGGGAAUUUUGACAACCCCAAAGAUGAUCCUUCCUGGCGCAUCUAUCCACCCCAUCCGGAACCCGUCUGGAAGGCAAAGGAGCGUCAGAAUGCGUCGAGCAGCUUGCAGAGCAGCACAGUCCUCGAUCCUAACGAAGCACCUCUGAAGGCGCCUCGCAAAAUGGGCAAGGACAUUGGGGAGGAUUUCAACAUGGACGAUCUACUUCCUCUACCAGGCGCCGCCGAGAUGUCAUAUCGUCUAGAUGAGAGUGGCGUCUUCCAGGUCUACGAAACCUCCAAGUCUGCAGAGCUCGACACGCCCAUUGUAGCUAUUCCUACGUUACGGGAGUACUACAUGGACCUUGACAGCAUCCUUGAAAUUUCAUCUGACGGACCUAGCAAGAGUUUUGCUUUCCGGCGGUUACAGUAUCUUGAAGGGAAAUUCAAUCUGUACUAUCUGUUGAACGAAUACCAAGAGACUGCCGAUACCAAGAAGGUGCCGCACAGGGACUUCUACAACGUUCGUAAAAUCGACACCCACGUUCAUCAUUCAGCCUGUAUGAACCAGAAACAUUUGCUCCGCUUCAUCAAAUCCAAGAUGAAGAAGUCGCCAGAUGAGGUCGUCAUCUUCCGUGAUGGCAAGCAUCUCACCCUUAAAGAAGUUUUUGAAUCGAUCAACUUGACAGCGUACGACCUCAGUAUCGACACGCUUGAUAUGCAUGCACACACUGAUUCGUUCCACCGGUUCGACAAAUUCAACCUCAAAUACAACCCGGUUGGCGAGUCUCGGUUGCGUACGAUCUUUCUCAAAACAGACAAUUUCAUCAAGGGCCGGUACUUGGCUGAGAUUACGAAAGAAGUUAUUUCUGAUCUCGAAUCGAGCAAAUAUCAGUUCGUGGAAUGGCGCAUUUCCAUCUAUGGUCGUGACAUUGAUGAGUGGGACAAGCUUGCUGCUUGGGUUGUGGACAACAAAUUGUUCUCCCCUAAUGUACGAUGGCUCAUUCAGAUACCUCGUCUGUUCGAUGUGUACAAGGGAUCAGGCUUGAUGGACAAUUUUGAGCAAGUUAUUGUCAAUGUAUUCCAGCCUCUCUUUGAGGUUACAAGAGAUCCGAGCAGUCACCCCAAGCUUCAUGUCUUCCUGCAGAGAGUCAUCGGUUUCGACAGUGUUGACGACGAAAGCAAGGUUGAGCGAAGAGUUUACAAGAAGUUUCCGUACCCCUCCAGCUGGUCGACGAAGCAAAACCCGCCAUACAGUUACUGGAUGUACUACCUCUUUGCCAACAUGGCGUCAUUGAACGUCUGGCGAAAGCAGCGUGGGUUCAACACGUUCUUGCUUCGACCACAUUGUGGUGAAGCCGGUGACACCGAUCAUUUGGCAGCUGCCGUUCUCUGCAGCCACAGUAUCAGCCAUGGUUUGCUCUUGCGCAAGGUGCCAUUCCUGCAGUACAUCUUCUAUCUGGAACAGAUCGGAGUAGCAAUGUCUCCACUUAGCAACAACGCCUUGUUCCUAGCAUACGAGCGUAAUCCCUUCCUCAGCUAUUUCCGACGAGGUCUGAACGUCUCGCUAUCGACCGAUGACCCUCUGCAGUUCGCUUUCACUAAAGAACCUUUGAUCGAAGAGUACUCGGUCGCGGCACAGAUCUACAAGCUUAGUGCGGUUGACAUGUGUGAGCUCGCAAAGCACUCCGUCGAGCAAAGCGGCUUCGAGCACGUAAUCAAACAACGCUUCCUCGGUCAAAACUACCAUCUCCCGGGCGUCGCCGGUAACGACGUCGCAAAAUCCAACGUUCCCAGCAUACGCGAAGCCUUCCGCCACGAGACCCUUAUCUCAGAGCUCGCCAUGAUCGAACGCUACACUCGCGCCUCGCAAAGCAGCACCAGUGCUCUGACGACGUCAAACCUCCAACCUACAUUUGGCCAACCACAAACUCCCGUCUCGAAUCAUGCCACGCAUCCUGGCUCGCCCGUCGCAUCGCUGAUAACCCAUCCCUCAAACGCCAACUUACAAGAUGGGCAGCAAGGCUUCUCCCUCCCGCCUGCUCAUCAGUCACCCAUGCACCCCGCCCAACAAGCCCGCAUCCCUUCAGGUCCACAGGGCGAAUCGCGGACCCAACCCGCAUCCCCGACUCGUACCAAAGAUCAAGAGUUCUCCAACGGAAUGCAACGAACGCAAAGCGUCGUCACUAUCGAUGGCGCAGAGCCCAGGAUGUUCCCUGGUGUUGUGAGUCGUCAUGGACGGCGGAGGAGCAGCAUUCGAAGCAGUGACAUUGGAGCUGACGCGAGUGCGCAGGCCGCGGUUUCUGGGAUGACACCGACCGCUGGAAGGGUUGCGUUCAAGGAUGCAUCUGUGACGGAGGAGCCGGAUACUGAUGAUGAGGACCUGUAG